ACAAAACCUUUAUGCCUUGGAAGGUUCAUGUCACAAGCCAACCAGUUGUUUUCCAUCCCCUUCAAGAGGGAAUAAUUGGAGGUUAACGACAGGAAGGACUUCCCAAUCACGAGAAGGGGUAGCACUGACAUCCUCUCUCAUGGUCAGUUUUGGGAGAGGCGUUGUCCCUGCCUUGACCAACAGUUUGGGUCAGAGGGAGGGGGUUUGGCACAAGCCCCUGAGAGAAUCCCCAUUCACAGACCCAGUGGGGGUAGGGGAGGCCCUGGGGCAGCAGCCCUGGGGUAACCAGGGAACAAACACGGAAAAACCAGGGGACGUCAGUCCUUAUCUGGAGCUCAUUAAUGGGGAACAUUAUUCAGCUGUGAAGGCCAAGAUGGGGUGAUAGGCAUGCGGGUGGGCAGGGGUGGGGAGUGGGGGCAGGAGGCAGCCACAGCAGAGACAAGGUAAUGGCCCAAACUCCACCUCUACCUCACAUGUCCGAAUCCAGGUUGGAAGAACCCUAUAAAUGCCCACAGCCCAGCCUCCCCAGAGACCCUGAGGGAGCAAGAGAGUGAGCGAGAGAGGGAAAGCACGCGAGAGAGCACUCCACAAGCUUCCUUCCACUCCGACUGCUGGGCCAGCCCCCCGGAAGGCCUCACAGCAUGUGGGAACUCCGGUCCAUAGCCUUCUCCAGGGCGGUGUUUGCAGAGUUCCUGGCCACACUCCUCUUCGUCUUCUUUGGCCUCGGCUCGGCCCUCAACUGGCCAAAGGCUCUGCCCUCUGUGCUGCAGAUCGCCAUGGCCUUCGGCCUGGGUAUCGGCACCCUGGUGCAGGCUCUGGGCCACGUCAGUGGGGCUCACAUCAAUCCUGCCGUGACUGUGGCCUGCCUAGUAGGCUGCCACGUCUCCUUUCUCCGAGCUGCCUUCUACGUGGCCGCCCAGCUGCUGGGGGCUGUGGCAGGGGCUGCUCUGCUCCAUGAGAUUACGCCACCAGACAUCCGAGGGGACCUGGCUGUUAAUGCACUCAACAACAACACGACAGCUGGCCAGGCCGUUACCGUGGAGCUUUUCCUGACCCUGCAGCUGGUGCUCUGCAUCUUCGCUUCCACAGACGAGCGUCGCGGAGACAACCUGGGCACGCCUGCCCUCUCCAUCGGUUUCUCUGUGACCCUGGGCCACCUCCUUGGGAUCUACUAUACUGGCUGCUCCAUGAAUCCCGCCCGCUCCCUGGCUCCUGCUGUUGUCACCGGCAAGUUUGAUGACCACUGGGUCUUCUGGAUCGGACCCCUGGUGGGCGCCAUCCUGGGCUCCCUGCUCUACAACUACGUCCUGUUCCCGCCGGCCAAGAGCCUGGCGGAGCGCCUGGCCGUGCUCAAGGGGCUGGAGCCCGACGCCGACUGGGAGGAGCGCGAGGUGCGGCGGCGGCAGUCGGUGGAGCUGCACUCGCCGCAGAGCCUCCCGCGGGGCAGCAAGGCCUGAGCGCGCCGCCCGCCCGGCCCCGAGGCACCCCCGCCCCCGGCUCGGGGGAGCGCCGAAUGACUGCCUGCGGGCCGCCCGCCCCGCCCCUCCUCUCCCCAGGUCCGCAGCCGGCCCCGGUACCGAGCAGCCGCUGCCGGGGCUGCGGGGUGGCGGUGAGCCCGGCAGCCCUUCCUCCCCCUCCCCCGCCCCCCCCCCACGCCUGUCCCCAGGCUGCAGGCAGCGAGUAGUCGACCUCUGGCCCCUUGCAGGGAGCUGGACGCUUGGGGACGGAAGGCCGGCAGGCAAAGGGAGGCUGUGGAGGGGCCGACACGGGUACUGCUGGGGAGGCGGGUCUGGGAAUGGCGCGUCAGGUCUUGCUAGUGGGCAAGUGUGAGUGCCUCUCUGUCCCCAAGUGCACGGUUGUGCACGCUCCUGAGUGUGAGCGGCUGUGCCUGUGUUGGUGCAAGUGUACUGGGUGGCAACCUCUCACUCCCCUCUGGACCCCUUCCUCCCCCACCCGCAAUAAAUCCACUUCUUCUGCAGUCUGAUCACCCGCAGGAGCUCUAAGAGAGUGCUCCCCAGGAGAGGGGAAGGGGAAGGUCCAGAGGCCACUGUAAGAGGGCUGAAGGGAGGGGAGGGCCCUGGUUGCCAACCCCUACCCUGCCUCUCGUGGAAAAUUCCCCUGGGCUGCAGCGCUGGGCCCCAAGAUUUGCCAACAUCCACUGCUAGAGACAGAAAUAUCAACCAGAGAAUGGCUCCCCUAGAAGUGGCCUCUGGAAAAAGGCAGGGUUGGGUGGCCAAGGAUGGCCCGAGGGAAGACCUCUUCGGAGAAGGAAGCGGGCGUAUGUGUGCGCA